CUUAUUUAAGGUAUUCUCUGGGUCCCCUGCACGUAUUACAGUCACGUGAAUAUAAUUAGGGCUUAUGAAUGCCUUGUGAAGUAGAAAGUCACAGUUAUAAGUGUAAGUUACGAACCAGCCUGAGAUAUGCACGCACCAGCUUGCACCUCUACUUUUUCUUGUUCUUCCCUGUACUAUCUCAUCCUCGCCUGCGCCUAGCGCUCACUUUUCGCGGUCUCUCUCUGUUUACAACGGUGGGAAAUUCUCUGGGCGUUCGGUGCAGGCCGUUCUAACAAUCUGGCCUCGUACUAACAAUUUGGUAAACCAAGGUAGAUGCGCUUACGUCAGCGCAAAACUUUUUC